UCACCUGAAAUUUAAAUCUUUUGUCGAAGAGGCCUGAACUUCAACUCAAGGUUCGAAAUAAGUCACGCAACAUCUUUUGUGGACUCAGCUGUUUCCCAAGGCUAUCCCAUUACGCAAAGCGUGUUUACCCUGCAGCUGUCGAUCACGGAAUUUGUGCACUUGAAGAAAACGGACACGACUUGUGUUUUCUGGUCGUGAUGGCAGCUCCCACAGGGCAGAACUAUGCUAUGAGUCAAGGCCAGUAUCCACCAAACUAUCCACCGAAUUAUCCGCCGAAUUAUCCACCUCAACAGCCCGGCUAUUACCAACAACCACCGCCACCAGGGCAAUAUCCACCGUCCCAGCCCUACUAUCAGGCUGGAUAUGGUGCACCAGGAACAGUGAUUCAACAGCCUGUUAUCUCUCUUCCGCAACCAAUAAUUCUCAAACAGCUGCCGGUAUCAAUGCGCUGCCCCCAUUGUGGAGCAACUAUUGUCACCAAGAUAGACCAUCGAGUUGGCAACACUACCUUUAUGUACUGUCUUAUGCUUAGUUUGUUUGGAUGUUGUUGUAUUCCAUUUUGUACAGACUGUGCAAAAGAUGUUGGGCACCAAUGUCCGAAUUGUCGUAAAGAUCUUGGUGUCUAUAAGCGUCCGAUCAUUGAGUCUGGUGGAGGUGGUGGUCCGUCAGGGACUGGGUACGACAGAAGCAAUGCACAUGGCCCAGCAGAUAGUUAUGUGCCCCCAACAGAGACGCUGUCAGCUGACUAAAGCAAAAUUAGGAAAUAAACAUUGACGAGGACUCAUUUGCCAGGACUGUGCGGAAAUGCUCAAACAUGAUCGUCAUCAUCCAUUAUGCAAACAGAAAUACAUGUUAGUUAGAUAGUUAAGCUUACAUAGUUCCCAUAGGCCUUGAAAUAAUAGUCUUUGAAAUUUACCAAAUCCAUACAAAGUCGUUGAAAAUGAAAAGAAAAAGAAAAAUAGAACUUCUCACAAGCUGCAGGAAUAAAAAGUACUUGAAUGCAUGAGAAGCUGAAAAUUUGCCACUGAAAUUUGGCAGGGGCAGCUGAAUGGAUAUGGAUGAUACCAAAUUCAUUUAUAAUAAGUGAUUAUUAUUGAAAGUUUUAAAGUUCCUAAUAUGAUUGGUAACUGUCAAUGUGCUUCUCAUUCUGAGGAAAACGAACUCGUUUGUAAAAACAAAAGGUGUGAAAUCUGUACCUGUAGACAUUGAAAAUAGUAAUUGCUGCUUCCGAAGACUGAAGAGAUGAAUUAACUACUUUGUAAAAUGAAAAAUAAAUAUAACACAGGCUGUGA